CAAGAUUUUUUAUGCGCCGCGAAAUAAUUGUACAUUGCACAGCAAGCAUCAUGUCCUUUUUUGCAUGAUUAAUACAAAAAUAGAGUUUAUGAAAUGUCAUUUUCAUGUGCCAGCGCAGAAGAACCCCUCGAUAGCGCAGAAGAAAACCGAAGAAAAGGCUCAUAAAACAGAAGUGCGAAGGGAUUUCAGCCCAAAGUGUUUCGAGAAGCGAGCUACGCCAUUUGAACUACGUAACACAAAUUGAAUUAUAGUUGCGUAUGCGUCAAGUUCUGUGUUGUCGCCACGUAAAGUACCGAGAUAACGGUGAAUAAAAUACACAUCAAACGUGAUUGGUUUAAUAAUCUGUGAGAAAGAAGUCUGUUUUCAAUUCCUCCUCCCUAGCGUAAACAUCAUGGUGUGCGUGACAGCGAGCUGUUCGUCAGUGGUGUAGAAUAGUGUGCGUGUGUGUGUGAGGGUCUCGGUCUCGUUCACUUUCAGGCGCUUUCGUUUUGUUGGUUCGAGCUGUCAAGUGGCAAAAUUCAAAGGUGGUGCAGGCGAAUGAAGAAAGUCUCUGUGUUUGACCGGACUUAGUGCAGUGCGUGCAGGGUGAAAAAAGAGAAAGCCGUCCUCGUCCGAUGCAAGAAGUUGUCGUGGUUCUCGGAAAAUAAAUUAUCCAGUCGUCCGCGCGGUCCGUGCUCGGUCAAAGUGCAAAAUUUGGCGUAAUGCAAAAGGUGUUGUCCUCCGUGGUGUUGUUUUCCUGUGCUAUUAUGUACCGUCAUUGUCGAAUCUGUGUGCAAGAGUGAGAAAAGAGAAAUGAAAAAUGCAGUGUUUCGUCUAAGUGGUCCCAAGUGAGCGUUUGUUCCGUGUUGAUAAAACAAAACAAAAAAUACGCAGUAAAAAGCAGUUUCAAAUCUUUACACUGUGGAUGUAUUACAGUGCAUGCUAGAAGUGUAAAGGAAAAUCUAAUAAAAACGUCCAACACUAUCGUAGCGGAGGUGAAAUUCAGGCCGCUAUCAUCAUCUUCCCCAUCAGCCGGAAGUGGUCAAAUCACUACUACUGCGGCUGGUGCUGGUGCUGCUGCUGCUGCUACAGUUGAUAGACGGGCAAGCAGUGAGUUGAACGUGGUGAAGGUUUAUUUCAUCGCACCGGGAACACAUAAACCGUAGCCAGUUGUGCGGAAAAAGCACCACCGAAAAGCAAAGCACCGACCCAACGACGAUGGCCCUGGUGCGGAAGAAACUCGAUGACAAAAUACUGAAAACGUUGCGAGAGCUGGUUGGCGUUGGCGGUAACAAAGAAUGCUUCGAUUGCGGCCAGAAAGGGCCAACUUACAUCAACAUGACUAUCGGUUCGUUCGUCUGCACCAGCUGCUCCGGCAUAUUAAGAGGACUCACUCCGCCACAUCGUGUAAAAUCGAUUUCCAUGGCCACUUUCACCCAGGAGGAGAUUGAAUUUCUCAAACAAAAUGGCAACGACAACUGCAGCAGAACUUGGUUGGGCCUUUGGGAUCCAAAACGUGCAAUUAAGCAGGAACAUCGAGACUUUAUGAUAGACAAGUACGAAAGGAAAAGAUAUUAUCUGGAGCCUGCUAGUCCGUUGAAAUCGCUGCCCACCAAUGCAUCGAGCUCGCUGACGUCACUGUCGGGAGGCAGCAAUAAGAAUGCCAAUGAAAGUUUAGUUCCACUCAAAACGCCAACGCUAACGCCUCCGGCAACGUUACGAUUAAAUCGUACCAACUCUGGCUCGUGUAAUGGACUGAACAACGUAAACUCAUCAUCAUCAUCGUUGCCUGGUGCAAUGGGUGGCGGUACGCAAUUUCAGCAGCAAUUCACGCCAGACGACAGUGGUUUUUUCAGCGCGGAUCCACCGAAAAUUUUGCCACCAACACCGCAAAAAAGUCACAUUCUUCAGCGAAAGAAUGGCAUUAAGAUCAAACAACACCCGGCGAACGGACUGCCGGCAACGUACGGGCGUAACCAGAAGAAUGGUUUGCUGAACAACAGCAGUACCACCGGGCUGUCGGGAAGUAGCGGUGACAUUAACGCCAAUAAGUUUACACCUGAUGCCGACUUUGUGGCUGACUUUGGCAGCGCUACAAUAGUGAAUAACGUCAGCAACGGAGGCAGUCAUUAUGGAAGUACUAGUAGUUUGAAAAACACCAACGCCGUUAGCGACAACGGGACCGGAUUGUAUGCGCUGCACAAUGGCAACAAUGGGGAGGUACCGACACGAGAGAUGGAAAAUUUUGCCGACUUCGAUCACAAUCCCAUCUUUAACUCAGCAGAAAACAUGAAGUCAUACUUCAGCAGCAAUAGUAUUGAUAGCAGCACUACAAACAGUGUUAGCAGCACGGCCAGCGUGCAGAGUUUGGCUGGACCCGAUCCAUUUGCGAGCUUUUACUCCAAUACUGUCGCUGCUAACAAUUGUGGUAGCAACUCUACGGGAUCUACCGUUGGCACACCAACCGCAUCGUCCGGCUCAGCCUCCACUGGCAUGUCCAUGCACGGUGUUGGCUAUACGUGUAUUUCGCCGGAAGAUAACUCACGCGCAAAGGUCCAUACGAAUUAUGGAUUUGGUAACACUUUCUCGGAAGAGCCGCGUUAUGCGACUAACGAGGGUAUCAUUAAUGGCAGCGCUGGUACCGGGUCCAGCUACGCACAUCUGCAAAAUUACAAACAACAUUGGGGAAACAGUAACGGUGCGCAGCCGGAAUUCAAUUCCGCGAGGUAUGCUGGGAGCACAAAUCAAUUGAAUAAUAAUGCCAGCACCGAAAGCUCCCAACACGAUACCGUACAGUGGAACUUUUGGCAACAGUUCGGCAACAACUGUUGGUCGACUGACGGUCGCCUACAGUCGCAUCACCAACAGCAGCAGCACCAGCAGCAUCAACAAUUUUCCAAUGGUGGUGCCCUGCAGAUGAUGAGUCCACAGCAUCAGGCAUCAAAUCAAGUGAAUUUUUACUCAGAUCAAAACCGAUGGAGUCUUCCGAUGCUGCAUGGUACGAACAAUGGGGAUAGCAAAACAUCCAAUGGCAAGCCUAGUAAUGCAUCCAUUAAUUCAACACCGUCCGUGGAUCGAUACGCCGCACUGAAAGACUUGGAUGAGCAGUUCCGGGAGAUAAAAUUAGAGCAACAGGCUGAGGCGAAUAAUAACACAAUAACGUCAAACGGAACUGCAGCCACCAUAAGCGAUUCCAUCACGCCAACUUCCUCGGCCAACCCGUUCAAAACGGCCAAUCCGUUCCAAACGCAACAGCAGCAACCGCAUGCACAACAGCAAACGAUGGCUUGGCCUAUCAGUGGUGCCAUCAACGGUACGACGUCGGAUGCACGGCAUCCGGUAACGAACGGCGGGACUGGAUUCUAUGCUACAUCACCCUAUCAGGGAGGAUUCGCACACUCUGCCAGCCCACAGCUUUACAACGGCAAUGUUGUGAAUGGUGGUAGCACUAUGGGAGCUACGAUGGGUUAUCUUCCUGCGAUGGGCUACCCUCCCAAUCAUGGCAAUAAUGGCUAUAUUGGAGCGCAGGGCAUGAACGGAGUUAUGAUGGGUGGACAGUUCAAUGUAACGGCGAACGGCGGUGGUGCUUCGAUAUUGGGCAACGUUGCAGGGGUCGGUAAUCCGGUGCAUCAUUUUGCAAACUUUGGAAACCCUUUCAUGGCUGCCGGUACUACAGCGGGAAACUCAAAUAAUCCUUUCUUAUGAGUAGCUUCAUAAGCCGUAUGUAUAGCUAGUAAAUUAUACAUUUUACAAGAAAAUGUUUGGAUGUGUGUUUUAGCAUACGCUUCAUUGUUUUUACAUAGAAAGAGUUUUAUUCUGUUUCGCUCUGUGCUGAACGGAGCGCAGCAAGAAGAUGCAUACAAAUAUUCAACACAAUAGGAAAAUGAAGCGAUAAACUGUGACGCAUGGAGCGCACAAUAUGUGUGCAACACAUAUACGUGAAUCGUUCAAGGGAUGUACAUAAGUUUUAAUUUAAACUAAUUAAAAGUAAAAAAAGAAAGAGAUAACUGAUACAUUCAAAAGAGUAGACAUUAUCGAAAGCGUGUAACAUUAGCUUUAUGUUGCUAAGCUCUGUAUUCAUUAUAUUCAACCCAUGACAUAUCGGUGUGGGUCCCCCUCUACUGUUCGAUAAAAGUAUUGGGAAACAGGUUACAGCUUGACGGUUCAUCCGUGAAUUGGUAGGACACGCACGUGGUUUACAACCAAACCAGUCAGUGAUACAUAACAGUGUAUGAGGAAAACAAUGUAGGAAAACAAAAGCAACCCAAUCCAUCUCUGCACAAGGUUUCAUUUUCUCGGAGGUUUCUGCUCUAGCUUUGAUGGCAGCCAAGUAAAUAUAAUAGAUACGAAAAUCGGCAUUGCUAUGCAUAGCUAGAAGUAAUAAUUCUGCAAAACCGAUUUUGAGCAUCAUUCAAAAUUGGAAAUUCGUGCGGAUGAUUAACAAACACAGCUGGGUUUUUCCAAUUACUUAAUCACUGUUUCGGGAAAGUGUGUAUGUUUUAUUUGUUGGCAGUGAUUGAGAAGCAAUUUUCGGUUAAUUUUUAAACAAAAAUUAAUACACGAAUAUGCACCAACAAAACGAGAAUGAGAUAGAGCGAUAUAGUGAUGGUCAUCAUUACUAAUACUACUAUUACUAUUGUUACUACUAACGUCACUACUAUUACUAAACUCUUUCGAAAAAAUGGAACAUUUUAUGGCAACCGUCGUUUGGCGGGCGUGUAAUGUAUGUGUAUGUAGAUGAACAGUUUGAUGAGCAAAGCUUAAACACUAACGAUCAAAUGGAACAAAAACUCCGCUGUAUGUUGGAUUUACCAAUCGAUAAUAAAAUGAAUCCUCCAUGACAAACUUGUUGCACUUCGAAACAGUUCCGAAACCAAACCGAACCUACAAACAAACUUACUCAAUGUACCGACCGAACCGUAAAACGAAAUUUAUCUUACUGAUGGUUGUAAAAAAUGAGACAAAAGAUACAAAAACAGCAAAACGUGUUUAAAGUGUUAUGCCUGUAGUAACCACAUAGAUACGUGAAAAGUGAUAAAGUACAGAAGUAUUAAAUGAUAAAUCUUAAGGCGUUUUUCUGUCCUCAUAUACUAAUCAAGUUUAGCUCGAUUAACGCAUCCUUCUAGUACCGCCCCGGAAAAUCAAGAUAGAUCAAUUUGCCUCAACAAGAAGGGUUGGUUUAAAAUUUUACGGUACAGCAGAACGUUUUAUUUCGGCAUUUUGCUCUUCUUAUGCAUAUGUGGCGGAGCAGUAUGGGAUGUGCCACCCACAAAGGCUCGAUGGUAAGCAACUAACAACAUAAAAAGCUGCAUCAUGCUCAGUAGAGUGGAUCAAGGGAACGAAGCCUUUUAAAUGCAGCAACAAACAAAAAACUGGCCGUAUUACACAUCAUACAGAACCGCAGAAGGAUAAAAAUGUUAGAGAUUCGUAUUCGUUUAUUGGUGAGGGGGGGGGGGGGGGGAAUAGAUGAUCGAUUCAUGAAUAAAACCCUCCUCCUCUAAGAUGAAAUCAAAGAAAACGCUUAUGUGGCCUUACAUAAACAAAGAACUUAGAUGAAAGUUAAAGUAAAUGUUCUUUAUUUAAAUCUGCAUUGCGAUAGAGAAAUAUCAAUUAGCAAAAACUAAUAAAAGAAAACAGUUCUGCAUGCUAAAAAGUUCAACCAACACCAAGCGCGGUACCUACGAGAUACAUUGAAAUUAUCACUCCUACUAUUAUAAUAGAAAACGAUGGAAUUGUAGCGGAUUGUUAAAUGAAAAAAGAGAAACAACUAAAUGUCUGUUACUUCAGACAUUAUUUUAAAGAUCACGGUUAUCGCUAUCAACCGACGCCGUUUUACUAAAUCAAAAUUUGAAGAAAGCUUCAGUUCGACGUAAUGGAAAAAACGAAAGAAAAUACACAAAAUUAUUCAAAGGAAUCAUAUAAAAUGGAUGUCUAUCCAUACAUCAAUAUA